GCUGCACGGCGCCAUCAAGGCCGUGCUGCCGACCGUCGGCACGCAGCAGGCGCUGCGCUACGGCCAGGCGUACCACCGGGCGUGGCGCCACGCCGAGCCCGACGCCAGGAAGAAACUGGAGGACGAGUGCAUCCAGGACCUGAUGUUCCACGCGGUGUACGCGGACCGGCAGCGCUCGCGGCUGCCGCGCCUGCUGUUUCAGCUGCUGCACUACAUGCAUAACCAGCGCCGGCACCGGGACACGGCCGACAUGCUGGUGCGGCUCUACCAGCCCAUCCUGUGGCGCGCGCUCACGGCGACGCACGCCACCGUACAGCUGAACGCCACCUUCCUGCUGCUGGACACGUUCCCGCUGGAGGACCCGGCCGCGUGCCGCGAGGAGCGCGAGCUCGAGCUGGCCCGCCAGUGCCGCCUCAUCACCGGCCUGCUGCGUCAGAGCUCGCACGAGGUCCGCGUGGCGGCCGCCAAGGGAGUCUGCAAGGUGCUGGCGCAGUACUGGAGCAUCAUCCCGGCCGACGACCUGAAGCAGAUGAUGAAGGUGCUGCUGCAGGAGCUGGCCCACGACGCCUCCUCGGUGGAGGUCCGACACCAGGUGGUCUCGGGCCUGUGCGCGGUGCUGGACAACCCGUACACGCACAACUACAUGAAGUCGGCAGCUGCCCUUCCUGACGGACGCCUUCCACGACGUGCACCUGUCGGUGCGGGUCGCCAUGUGUGACCUCCUGCUCAAGGUCAAGCCUAUCAAGAACAUGCGCUACUUUGACAUCGUGCCGGUGAAGCACCUGCUGGCGCGGCUGUCGGUGGACGAGCCGCCCGUCUGUCGACGCAUCGUCCAGCUGACGGCGAACAGCUUCUUCCCGGCGGCCGAGUCGGACGAGACGCUGCUGACGCG